AAGGGGUGAGAGUGAAGGAGUGUGUAAAGACCGAGAGUUAAACAGAACUUUUAGAAAGAGGUAGAUAGAAUAACGGAGGGAGCCAGAAGCAGAGAACACAACACUGAAUGUGGAAGAGAGACAGAGAGAAACAAAGAGAGAGAGAGAGAGAGAGAGAGAGAGAGCAAUAGUAAUAGAAAGAUCUAGAGAGAAAAAGAGAAACUGAGAGAAGGGCAGAGAAAUACAAAAAUACAGGCUGGAAGAAAGAGAGACAGACAGAAAGCGGCGCAGCGAUCAACACUUCCUCAAGACUCUGAGGACUGGCUGAGGUCAGAAUAGAGAACAGAGAAAAGCUGAGCACUCUGAGACUCGCUGUUACUCACACUGUCACCCCUCAGACCAGCGGAAUGGGUCUACCUGCCUCAGUGUACUGACUCAUCAUAAAGACUCGUAUCAGAAGAGAAUCGGGGUUUAGACUGAGUUUGUAGAGAGUAAUCAGUAGCCAUGGAAGAAUUUUCCAGUAAUGCCACAAACCAGACCUCUCCCAUCUUCCCAGUCAGUUACAGGGUGGGCCUCGUGGUCCUCUACACGCCUGUCUUACUUGGCGGCAGUGUGGGGAUUGUCCUCAUGAGCACCAGCCUGAAGUCCAGCAAGUCUGUCACCACAGUCUCUGUGAUCAACCUGCUGGUGGUUCACCUGCUCUUUCUCCUGACCGUGCCUUUCCGCAUCUACUACUUCAUCUCCGACCAGUGGGCCCUGGGCCUCGACUUCUGCAAGCUGGUCAGCAGCAUGAUCCACGCCCACGUGUACCUCAGCUUCAUCUUUUACAUCGUCAUCCUGGUGACGCGUUUCCUGAAUUACUUCCAGUGGAGAGGCCGACUGAAGUUCACCCGAGUUUUACAUGCGUUCGUAGCCAGCCUGACAGUGUGGGUCAUUAUCCUGGGCACUCUCCUGCCUGCCACAAUAAUCAACUACGGAUCUGAAGCCACUACCGGAGAGAAAAGAGAUAAUGUUUGCUUCCACUUUGGAUCAGCUCUAUCCCGCACUCCAAUUGAAGUACUGAACUACAUCAUAUGCGUGGUGGUGCUCCUAGUCUGUACUGUUCUGGCCAGCAUCCAGCUCUGGAUCCUGAGGCAGGUUUACAGGAAAUAUGGCCGGGUCUCUCUUAAUCAUCAGGAGUUUUGGGCUCAGCUUAAAAGCCUGUGCUUCGUGUUGAUCAUGUUCUUCUGCUUUGUGCCUUACCAUGGCUUUAGGAUCUACUACGUGAGCAGUUACUGGGAUGGGCUUCAGAAGGUGAACGAGGUUUUCCUGGCUUUCACUGCCUUCACCUGCUUCGACAUGCUCAUGUUUGCGGGCAGGGCAGUGUGGCGAAACUCUGGCACGCAGUGCUGCAAUUUAUGUAGUAAAAGAUGACCCUAGUUCCAAUGGAUGUGUACUCUGAACUGUACUGAGUGGACAUCUGCAAUAAGGAUGUAUUUUUUUCUGGUUUACUGGGAAAUAUUAACUUCCUUCAUUUAAUACACAGGUAUAUUUUUUCCUUAAGCCAACACCACCCAGGAAUCUCUAAAAUCCCCAACAUCAGUUCCUCAUUCUUAUAACUUUUAGUUGAUUUCAUUGUAAAAGAUGUAGAAGAAUUGAAGAAUUGUUGAUUAACAGGGUCUAUAUUAAUAUGACAUGCCUUUUCAGCUUUUCACAGCAUAAUUGUCCAAAUAUCAUACAUGCUGUAUUGGAACAGUGAGGCUAAUCUCUUUAUUUCUGCUGUAGACUAAAAAUCAUUUGAGUUUGACAUUAAAAAAGAUGAAUAAAAAAAAAAAAAAACAGUUCAGCUUUUAUUUCCAUUUAUCUGAGACACAGUUCAGAUUCAACACCUUUUGUCUGAACCCACCCAUUUGUCUUAUGAGCAAAAGUAUAAGAACAGAUCAAUUAACAGUGAAUUAAAGUGAAUAAGACUAAAGAUUUUAAUAUGUUCUUCUUCUAUGAUGCUUUUAAAGGCAGUGUUUUUGGGUAAUUUUCUUGCUGCAUGAUGAAGGAUCUCCCAAUCAGUUUGGUUUCAUCUUUCUUUAAAUUCACUGAAAUUCACAAAUCAAUACACUACCUCCACUGUGUUUCACAGAUGAGCUGGUAUGCUUGGAAUCAUGAGCAGAUCCUUUUUUCUCUCCAAAAAAUAAUCUUAUGGUAAAGCCUCUGUAUUUUUGUUCAUGAAGUUUUCUAUGAACAGCAGAUUGUGAUUCCUUCACUCCUGCCCUCUGGAGGAUGUAGCUUAUGUCACUAACAGUUAUUUAAAGGUCUUUCUGUACAGCACUUACAAAGUUUCUGUCAUCAACUGCAUGUGUUUUUCUUUGGUCUACCUGUUCAUCACCCUUUAUUUAGUACACCAGUGAUGACUUUCUUCUUCAGGACAUUCCAAACUGGUGUUCUGGCUAUGAACAAUAUUUGUGCAAUGGUUCACAGUUUCACAGUUGCUUGUUUUUCACCCAUAAACAGCUCUCUGGUUUUCAUGUUGGUUACUCGUCUAACUAUAAACGUUCAGCGCUGUUUAUUGUUUGGAUAAUCAGUGUAUCAGGACACACCUGGGCAAUAAAAUACACCUGACCCUCACAUGUUCCAAUACUUUUUCUCAUUAAAAAAAAUGUGGGUUCAGACAGGAUGUGCUAUCUUCUAAAUUGUGUAUUAGAUCCAGAUGUAAAUACCUUGAAAUAAAAACUGAAAUGUUGAUCUUUUGUGUACAAAUAUUGUAAUGUCAAACUCAAAUGUUUUCAGUUUACAGCAGAAAUAAAAGGGAGUGACCUCACUGUUCCAAUACUUUUAUGGGGCACUGUAUCUCAUACAUGUAAUCCAUGUUAUUUACUUUGAAUGACCGUAAGAUUGCAAGUAUAAAGGAAUGGUAACCUUCAUUCUUAAAAAGAAAAAAAUUUGCAUGUUUUUUUUGGCAUGGCUAUUUGCCAUUUAAAUGGUUAAAUAACAAAUAUUUCCUUUUACAAAUUAUAUUUUCUUACAGUGUAAAGAUUAAAAUUUAAAAAAUGUGCAAUUAUCUGACUGCUUGCAGAAACAUUUAUAUGAAGUUCAGUACAGAUGAACUGAGAUAAUGACAAUGCUUGCUUUCAGCACACCUCAAUACUGCUGAACCAAUCACAGCUGCUGCACGGAGCUAUGAUAGUAUUUUUUUGUAUAUGUUUUACUUUUUUAAUUUAAAAGAGUUGUUUAUUAUAAUGCUGUGGCUUUGAUGAAAACUUUUAAAUAUAGAAAUAUAUCAAUAACGCCCCCCUGAUGCCCGAAAGUCAGAUAAAAUCUCCCGGAAUCUAGAACGAGAGCCCCAGAGUGAACAUAAACAUGCAUGCAUGCGACACACAUUUUUUUUAUCCAAUUGCAUUAGAGAAAGAAAGGGAGAAGGAUGGGAAAGCCCUCCCCUCAUGUGCAUAUUCAUAAAGAACAUGCAAAACAGAGAGGGUUCUGAUUGACCUGUUCUCUAAAAAAAGAGUCUGUGAGUCAGCCAAUCAGUAUUUUUAGUGUGGGCAGGCACUGUUUUGUUUUUCCCCUCCUGGAUGGGAUGCUUUCAGGAGCAUCAUGGCUCCCAUCAAAACUCAUUUCGCCUCUGACUACUCUAAAGUAUAUCCAUGUCUGGCAAAAGUAACCAAUGAUAAAAGUCUUAUUUUAGUGUUAUUUUAGCAUUGCCCAUGGGGGACUAAAUGAUUGCAAAAGGAGAGUUGAGGUGAGAUAAUGUGAAUAUAUAUAGUCACUGACAUAGCAGUGCUGUUGAAGUUUUUUAACAAAUUUAUGUCACUACUGGAUUUAGAAUAGUCCAUCGAAAACUGCUGUAUCUGAUCCACUUGUAUCAGCAGAACACAUACUAGCACCUCCUACACACAUCACCACUAUGCCAGUGUCACUGUAGUGCUGAGAAAGACCACUACCGAAUGUUUCCUGCUUUAUGGUGGUUCCAUUGGGGCCUGACCAUCAAAGAACAGGUUGAAAGGAGGAAAACAACAUUGUGCUUAAUCAGUAUUUUUGUCUGAAGUAAAAUAUAUUAUAAAAAAAUGUUUGAUAGCCCCACAAAAAAUAAAUUUCUAUACUUGUAAA